AUGGCAGUGAUAAUAAACGCUAUCCUACAGGUCACACUGAUAACUAUUGUAAUUGUGGAACUCAUCAUUGGAAGCUUAGUAAAUGCAUUCAUGGCACUGGUGAACCUCCUGGACUGGGUGAAGAGAGGAAAGAUCUCUGCUGUGGAUCAAAUCCUCACUGCUCUGGCCAUCUCCAGAACUGCUUUUUUGCUUUCAUUAAUGACAAGUUUGUUGAUGACAUUACUGGACCCAGCUUCAUUGGAAAUGAGGAUAGUGAGAAGAAUGCAUCCUACUUCCUGGACAGUGACCAAUCAUUUCAGCGUCUGGCUUGCUACGUGCCUCAGCAUCUUUUAUUUUCUCAAGAUAGCCAUUUUCUCAAACUCCAUUUUUCUUGCCCUCAAAUGGAAAGCAACAAAAGUGGUAUCAUUGACAUUGAUGGUAUCUCUAAUAAUCUUGUUUAUAAACAUUAUAGUCAUAAAUAUAGUCACUGAUAGACCUAAAGUAAACACAUCUUACUGGUUUAGUUCAAAUAACACUUCAAGCAUUUAUGGGCUCUUUUUACUUACCAAUGCUCUGUUCACACUCAUCCCCUUCACUGUGACCUUGAUUACUUUCCUCCUGCUCAUCUUCUCCCUGUGGAGACAUCUGAAGAACAUUCGGCACAAUGCCAAAGGAUUCCGAGAUGUCAGCACUGCGGCCCACAUAAAGUCCCUGCAAAGUGUGGUGACCUUCCUGCUACUAUAUACCGUUUUUGUCAUGUCACUUCUUUUCCAGUCUUGGAAUCUUAACUCUCAACAAAUAAAUCUUAGUUUGAUGGUUUUUCGGAGUACAGCAAUAGCUUUUCCCUCGGGCCACUCAUGUGUCUUGAUUCUGGGAAACAGUAAGUUAAGGCGGGCUUCUCUUUCUAUGCUGUGGUGGCUGAGGUGUAAGUAUAAAUGUACAGAGAAUUGA